AUGGCAGAAGUCAUCGGCACUAUCUCUGCUGUUAUUGCCCUCGUGGAGACCUCGAUCAAAAUCUACGACAGUGCACAGAAGGACAUCAAAUUAUCUGAGACAUUCAAAGUGGUUCGACGACGGCUCCCCGUUAUUCUCCACAUCCUCGCGACAUGCAAAGGCAAUCUCGAACCGAGAAAAGAUUCAAUACCCGAAGACGUGGGUGAAGCCUUGGAGCAGAUCCUUGACGCAUGUGAGGCAAAGGCUUCGAAUUUAAGAGGGAUCUUCGAGAAGAUCGUACCCGGUGAAAAUGACACAAGGGAAAAGCGAUAUUUGAAAGUCCUUCACAGACUCGGCAAAGGGAACAAAGUCGAAGAGCUCAUGCUUGGUCUCACUAAAGACGUCCAACUCAUUGUGAAUCAUGAUGCGGUGAAGUCUGCCAAUCAACAGCAAAACGCUAGGCUUGAAGAUACUAUCAAUGAGAUAAAGUCUGUCAGCUCAGUACCGGACGAAGAGGAUUCCACAAUGAGUUUCAGCAGCGGAGGCGGGCCACAGACAAACAAUAUCAAUCGCGGAAGUGGGCAGCAAAUCAACAAUAAUGGGUCCGUUGGAACGCAGAACUUCGUCACUCAUAGACAGAAAGACGACUUUAGCUUUCAUAAGCCGGCAGGUGUCUGUCUCAGCGAAGCGCCCUAUAUCGCUCCAGGACUCUUCGUCGGUCGGGGCUCCGAGCUUGAUCAAAUCGCAGAACUUUUGCACCCAGUUCAAGGCGUUCAAAAACAACAGCGUCUUAUUCUUGGAGGAAUGGGUGGUAUCGGCAAGACCCGACUUGCUAUCGCUUAUGCAGAGUCGCGAUCUGGAUAUUAUAGCUCGGUAUUUUGGCUAAAUGCAGCGUCCGAGGCUGCACUGAAAGAUAGUUUUCGAUCAAUCGCCACCCUUAUCUUCGACAUUCAAGACCCUCAACUCUUAGAGAGUAAAGAUAUUAUUGGACGUGUACAUCAGUGGCUCUCUAAUUCUGAUAAUACCAGGUGGCUAUUGCUUUUUGAUAACUACGACGACCCCGACCAGUUUGAGAUCAACGGUUAUUACCCACAUACAAGAUGUCACCGGGCUGUUAUUGUUACCACUAGGUGGCCAGACCGCGUUGGUGGAAACAUUUUACAUGUAAAGCCAUUGCAGAAUAUCAAGGAUAGCCUGGCGGUCUUACAAACACGAUCAAAAAGAGAGAAUGUUCAAUCAGAUCUUCACGCAAAACGCCUUGCAGAGCGACUUGCAGGCCUUCCUCUUGCUUUGGCCACUGCUGGGACAUAUCUUCAGCGAAGUACUAUUAGCUUUGAACGCUACUUACAAGAAUACGAGAGACGCUGGAAUAUUGAUUCCCGUAGCCCCACUAGGCUCCAAGAGUAUCGCGAACGUACUCUUUACACGACCUGGGAUCUGUCAUACGCUCGCCUCGAAACCGAGGACUCUGACGCGGCACAACUACUCAAAGUGUUAGCCUACUUCGGUAACCAGAGCCUUUGGCACGAGCUUUUCAACGACGGACUUACCAAAGAAUCUCCCGAGUGGCUUCGUGCACUAGUUGCAGACGACGUGUCCUUCCAGGGAGUAAUGGGAAUCUUGACUGAAUACUACUUUCUAGAAGUUCAUUUGGCAUCAGAAUCGUGGAGCAUGCAUAACUGUGUGCAUGACUGGACAUUGGCCGCACUCAACAAGAACGUUGAUAUCAGGUAUUACUGGUAUGCUUUCGAUUGCGUUCAUGCGACUAUCAAUGGGGUCAAUAUAGAUUCUCUUGGUCAUAUCACUUUUUCCCGCUCGGCUAGUCAUGCAAUACAACUAGUGCACCAGCGUUUCCUCGAAAACGAUAUGAUCUAUCAUCCUGCACCUGAUAAACUCGAUCAGGUAUUACGUGUUUCACAGUUGCUUCAAGGCCAAAUCCAGCUUGCGGCUGCCGAGCAGAUGUACAUACGGGCGCUAACUGGGUACGAGAAAUCGCUGGGACCGGACCAUACUUCAACCCUUGUCACUAUUCACAAUCUUGGGAACCUAUAUUGUGAUCAAGGCAAGCUGGAUAUAGCGGUGCAAAUGUAUAUGCGGGCGCUAGCUAGGAGAGAGAAGGCGCUAGGACCGGACCACAUGUCAACGCUUAUCACUAUCAAUAAUCUCGGCACCUUAUAUACUAGGAGCGAGGAGGCGCUAGGACCGGACCACACCCUCACCCUUAGCACCGUUUAUAACCUCGGGAUCCUAUAUCGUGAUCAUGGCAAGCUGGAUAUGGCGGUGCAGAUGUGUAUGCGGGCGCUAGCUGGGAGAGAGAAGGCGCUAGGAUCGGACCACAUAUCAACGCUCGAUACUGUUCUUAAUCUCGGGACCGUAUAUAAUCAUCAAGGCAAACUGGAUGAGGCGGAGCAGACGUUAAUGCGCGCGCUAGCUGGGUAUAAGAAUAUGCUAGGACAGGACCACACUUCAACCCUUAGCACUGUUCACAAUCUUGGGAGCCUAUAUUGUGAUCAAGGCAAGCUAGAAAUGGCGGAGCGGAUGUAUAUGCGGGCGCUAGCUAGGAGAGAGAAGGCGCUAGGACCGGACCACAUGUCAACCCUUAGCACUGUUCACAAUCUUGGGAACCUAUAUUGUGAUCAAGGUAAGCUAGAAAUGGCGGAGCGGAUGUAUAUACGGGCGCUAGCUAGGAGAGAGAAGGCGCUAGGACCGGACCACACUUCAACCCUUAGCACUAUUCACAAUCUUGGGAACCUAUAUUGUGAUCAAGGCAAGCUAGAAAUGGCGGAGCGGAUAUAUAUACGGGCGCUAGCUGGGAGAGAGAAGGCGCUAGGACCGGACCACACCCUCACCCUUAGCACCGUUUAUAACCUCGGGAUCCUAUAUCGUGAUCAAGGCAAGCUGGAUAUGGCGGUGCAAAUGUGGAUGCGGGCGCUAGCUGGGAAAGAGAAAGCGCUGGGACCUAGCCACGCUUUAAUCCUUCGCACUUUUCACAAUCUCGGGGCAUUACACAGUGCACAAGGCGAACUGGAAAAGGCGGAGCAGAUGUUCAUGCGAGCGUUGGCUGGGAGGGAGGAAGCGCUAGGACCGGAGCACACUUUAACCGUCGACACUGCGAAAUGUCUCGGGAACCUGUAUCUUCGCCAAUGCAGGUUGAGUAAGGCGAUGGCAAUGCUUUGGAGGACAGGAGCUUGGAAAUAG